AUGGCCACACCAGCACGUAGCCUAAGGCAUCUCUCGUCCAUCCGGACAUCCAUCACACCAGUAUCAACCACCACAUCCCUCGGUCACCGCAACUAUGCCACUACAGAGACCGGCUCCGCCACGAACACACCGGGAAUCACCCGACGCCGCAAAACCACCUUCCAAGACAAACUGAACGCCGGGCCCUCAUUCUCAGACUUCGUCUCCGGCGGAGAAGACAAUGCGCCACUUGAUCCAUCCGAAGCAUUCGCCCUGAAGACCGCAAUGGUCGGACCCGCAGGUCGUAAGAAGGAAAUGACCCGACUUCCUUCCUGGCUCAAGACGCCCAUCCCAGAUUCCAAGAACUACCAGCGUCUCAAGAAAGAUCUCCGUGGAUUAAACCUACACACUGUUUGCGAGGAGGCGCGGUGUCCGAAUAUCUCCGAUUGCUGGGGUGGAGGUGACAAGGCUGCUGCAACUGCAACAAUCAUGUUAAUGGGAGACACAUGUACUCGUGGUUGUCGAUUCUGCAGUGUGAAGACGAACCGGAAUCCCGCGCCGCUUGAUCCGCAUGAGCCGGAGAAUACGGCUGAGGCAAUUUCUCGAUGGGGACUUGGCUACGUUGUUUUGACCAGUGUUGAUCGAGAUGAUCUGGCCGAUGGAGGUGCUCGUCAUUUUGCGGAAACGGUCAUCAAGAUUAAGUCUAAGGCGCCGAAUAUCCUCGUCGAGUGUCUUACUGGUGAUUACCGUGGAGAUCUUGAGAUGGCGAAGCUGGUUGCACGAUCUGGAUUGGAUGUGUAUGCGCAUAAUGUUGAAACUGUUGAGGCGUUGACACCUUAUGUUCGUGAUCGUCGUGCCACUUUCCAGCAGUCUAUCAGUGUGCUUAAGGCUGCUAAGGAGGCGAAGCCGGACCUUAUUACGAAGACUAGUCUGAUGCUGGGUCUUGGUGAGACGGAUGAGCAAUUGUGGGAUGCGCUGCGUCAGCUUCGCGCUGUUAAUGUUGAUGUUGUGACCUUUGGUCAGUACAUGCGUCCUACUAAGCGUCAUAUGGCUGUUGAGGAGUAUGUUACUCCGGAUCGAUUUGAGGCUUGGCGUCAGCGUGCUCUGGAUAUGGGCUUCUUGUACUGUGCUUCUGGACCUCUGGUUAGGAGUAGUUACAAGGCUGGUGAGGCAUUCAUUGAGAAUGUAUUGAAGAAGCGUCGUACUGGUGGCACUCCUGGAACUGUGGAGGGUGCUGUCAGUGAGACUGUUGUACAGACCGAUGAGGCUACUCGUUAG